GUUCCAGUUCUGGGAGUGAAAAGAGAGAGACAGAGAGAGAGACAAAGAGAGAUAGAGAGACUGAGUUUCAUUAGACAGCGGCUCACUCUUCACGUCAGAUGAUGAUGAAGAUGUGGCUACCACUUUUGUUUGCUAUGUGGCUGUCAGCUGUGAGCGGAAACAUUAACAACAGCGCCAGCAUGAACAACAACAACAACAACAGCAACAGCAAAAACAACAACAACAACAACAACAACAGCAACCAAAAACGUCCAAACAUCAUCUUUGUCUUUGCCGACGACUACGGCUUCAACGACAUUGGUUACCACGGCUCCCAGAUUUCUACUCCAACUCUUGAUAAGCUGGCGUCUGAUGGAGUAAAACUAGAGAACUAUUAUGUCCAGCCCCUCUGUUCACCCACUCGUAGUCAGCUCAUGUCUGGACGGUACCAGAUCCACACAGGUCUCCAACAUCGCAUCUUCCGUUCAGAACAACCCAACGGCCUACCCCUGGACAGUCCAACAAUGGCGGACAAGAUGAAGGAAGCCGGUUACGCCACACACAUGGUGGGAAAAUGGCACCUGGGAUUUUACAAGGACGAGUACUUGCCCUGGAACAGAGGAUUCGACUCCUACUUCGGUAAAGGUACAUCUUUGGAAAACCCCCUGUUCCUGUACCUGGCCUACCAGUCUGUCCACGAACCACUACAGGUUCCCGAGGAAUACGAAAGACAAUACACUCACAUCCAGGACUCAAAACGUCGAUCUUACGCAGACAAUGGCGGUGCUCGUAGAGGUGGGGCCAACAACUUCCCUCUCCGCGGCGGGAAAAGUACACUGUGGGAGGGAGGUAUCCACGGCGUGGCUUUUGUCACCGGCGGGAGGGUUCCGGCGAAAGGAACAGUUAACCGAGAGCUAAUCCACGUCACUGAUUGGUUCCCCACGCUGGUGGGCCUGGCACAGGGCUCCCUCAACGGAACGAAGCCUUUGGACGGAGUUGACCAGUGGGACACCAUCAGUAAUGGGACUCCCAGCAAACGCACAGUCUUACUUCACAACAUCGACCCCAUGUCUAGUAACCACGGCGUCCCUCUGUACAACGACACUUUCGACACCAGCGUGAGGGCGGCCAUAAGGGUGGGCCACAUGAAGCUCAUCACUGGAGCCCCGGGCAACGGAAGCUGGGUACCGCCCCCUGGACAAACGCAAGCGGUCCCUUCUGAGCCUAACACAUCCCCUGACAAGAACGUGUGGUUGUUCAACAUCACAGCUGACCCGACCGAGCACCACGACUUGUCUGACCAGAUGCCGGGCACGGUCCGGACCCUCCUGGGAUAUCUACAACGGUUUGACCAGACAGCUGUCCCUAUUCUGUUCCCGGCCUUAGACAAGAACAGUAACCCAGCUUUGCACGGGGGAGUUUGGGGGCCGUGGCAGUAGUUCCCCUUGACAAUUCCCUGUUUUGCUUUCUUGAUUGGUUGUUGUCUUUGCUCUGGACAAAGGUUGAUUUGCUACAAAUGCUUUUUGGCUCUAGAUCUACACGUCAGCGUGCCUUGCUCGAAAGUGGGUGUUUCAAUACAGUCUGUGUGUAUCUUGUCCAAAACCAUAGUGCCGUUGCUACAUUUUUGUGUGUGCAGAGUCAGCCAAUAAACACUGUUAUACCAGUUCCUGG